AUGGUGGUUCUAGUCGCCGAUGAGAGGAACUACCAGUACGAGGUCGAAGAUUCGAAGCAGCCGGUGAGAUUCUUAGUUGUCGGCGACCGUGAUUUGGAGAGUGUGCUUAAGUUUUUUUUUUUUUUUUGUUUUCGAGGAAGGUUGGAGAUGGGAGUGGUAGCAACGAUGUUAAGGCCGAUUGAUGAGUUUGGCGGCGGAGUGCCAUCUCCACAUUACCGAAUUUUCAUUUUCUCUAUUGGCGGCGGCGCUCGAAGUUUUCCGAUGGGACAAGCACAGAGUGCUGCUAUUGUAGAAGAUGAAAGCAAUCCACAAACACAGUCAGAGUCUGCUGGGAUCGACAAUGCAGCUCAGCCAUCACUCGAUUCGUUGAUUGCUGAAGCUGCAGCAUACGGUGCUGAGGAUGAAAAUCAAUCUCUCGAAGUGAAGGCUCAGAAAGCACUGGAAUGCCCUUGCAUUGCUCACUUGCGAAGUGGCUCAUGUGGAAUCCAGUUCUCUGAUGCCUUCGUUUGUUUUCUCAAGAGCACAGCUGAAGAAAAGGGAGCAGACUGUGUGCAUCCAUUUGUGUCUCUACAGAACUGUAUCAAAGCAAAUCCUGAUGCAUUUUCGAAGGACAUUUUAGAAGAUGAUGAAGUCGAGAAAGAGGAAAAGUCAAGCAAGGAGUAUUCAAUUAGGCCUCCUAUUUGGUCUGCCGAUUCAAAAAAUCCAAACAGGCAUAAUGACAAGAAAAAUUAA